AUGUCUCAUACGUCUAGACAUCCCCUUCGAAAGAGCUGCGCUUUUUGCAGAGCUCGAAAGAUCAAGUGCUCCAACGAGACCAUUUGCGAAGCUUGCCGCAAGCAGAAUGUCGACUGUGUAUACGAUUGGGACUCACGACCAACAAAAGCUCGCCCGAUUUCUCGCGAUGGCAGUCGAAGGAACAGCAACGCUGAUGGAACCAUCUCCGUACCUAUGAUGCGACGCCAACGAUCUUCCACUGCCGGUUCCUCCCGCUCCACCUUAUUUCCAGAGGAUCCGACUUUAUCAGCGGAGAAUGCAAUGGUCUCAUUAGACUGCGAGGAUGUGGCAACGGUCUUGGAAGAAAUAUUUCAGGAAAACUUUCAAGUAGAUCUAGGCCUCGGCACAAAGCCAGAGUUUCAAGGCAAUGAUGCCACCUUCAGCCAUGCGCUUCAACGCAACCCAUCAGGACAGGGUGGAAACAGCAGUUCCAAAUCUUUUCAAAGAGAUCCGCAGUAUACAAGCAUUCUUCAUUUCCUCGCUCACGAUUUGGUCAGCCUAGUUGUCGAUAAGGUCGGAGUUCUAGGAUCAACGUUCUUGGAACACGGCGGUGGAAGAUUCUACUCGGGUACCCUCGCCAGCGACACAACCCCGACAAUGUUCGACGCAACAUUGUCAGGUCCGAGUCCACUGUCAGAAUACGGCACCCGGCAAAUCGGACAGCUGGUUGAUGUGUGGUACAGCAUCCACCCGCUCUCCUUUCUCGUAUCAAAGACUCUCCUUCUGCGGGCACUCAGAGACAGCACCCACGACGAGAUUCUCCUCGCCGUCAUACUUGCUGACGCCUCCAUGUCACUCGGAGACGAAGUUGCCGUGGGAAAGGCUCACACACUUUUGAGUUGGGCGGCUUCUCAACUUCAUAAUCGCCCAGUGCCGACUGCAGCCACCCAGCCGGGCUUGCCUGGAGACGGAGUCUCGCUUCCCAGUCUUUCUACGGCGCAAGCUCUAAUGCUUCUUGGCUGGAACGCCUUGUGCCAGAAACGAAUCCGCCGCGCAACCUGCUACAUCGACCUCGCUGGCCGUAUAGCUACUGAGAUUAAAGAGAGGAUCUCCACAUUUGGGGGCUCCUUAGUUACAAGCCGUAUCAAUGGCAUCGAGGUCUGUGAAGUGGAAAAAGAGAUCGCGGCUUACCUUUACUGGACCACUUACGCUCUCAAUCUUUGGAUCUCGCUUCAAACACGCAAUCCUUUCUCUCAACUGCAACACACAAGCGUAGCUUCAAUCCUCCUGCCCGCCGAUGAGUCUUCUUCCGCAUUGAUGCGGCUCGACGAGAUCUCCGAUAACUUUUCAACGCUCCAGAAGCAGAAGGAAAUGAUCAAAGACCUCUGGCCCUUGGCUCAUAUCGCUAGCACAGCGGCAUACAUCUUCAACGCGUAUCUCAAAACCGGCUGCCCGGAGAAUGCGACAGCCGUUUGUCACGAAGCUUCCAGAGUGCUGACGGAGAACAUUUUCGUGGUAAACCUCCAACCGGCGCCCGAUCCUUCGCGUUACUUCGUCCUUGCAAUGUACCACACCAUGUCGAUACACUUACUCUUCCCAUCUACCGGAGCAUCACCGCUGACAGGUUCCUUGCUUCUGAAUGAAGCGGACGUCGAGAGUUUCCUUCUUUCUGCACAACAAUCAGCCAGUAUACUGCUCCAAAAUGACAAUCAUGAAGAUCUGGUACUUCCAUCUUUGCCAGUGCAGAACAGGAGCAACAUUCCUGACAUCUUCUGCCCGAUUAUGGACGCCUGCGCUCGCAGUAUGUCUUUCAUCUACGCACAAAAGGCCUCUGGGGCGUACGCGAUGAAUCCACAGUUGGACACAUACGAUAUUCGUCUUGAAGCCCUCGCCUCUCGGCUUGUGGAUAUCGCCGCUUCAGACUUUGUUCCUGGCGGGAGCCAACUACGAGUCAUCAAGAAGCAUCUGAAAGCCGUUUUGAGAGCCUUCGGUGGUGACUUCAAGACUCCAAGCGACGGUGAUAGACUUCUCAGUCUCAGUCCCAUGCCUAUCCGUCCACAAUCAGCUACCUCAUCGACCACAUGCUCUCGCCGCAACUCGUUUUUGUCACACAGUCCACCUAGCGAGUACAUCUCUGCGGCUCCAACAGCUAUAGGAUCUGCCCGAUCCUCGAUGAUCGGCGCUAUGUCUGCGCCAAUGAUUCCCACAUCAUCAGCCGAAUCCUACCAGACUCCUUUUCCCGCAUUCAGCAGUCCUGAAGCUAGACCGCAAGAAUGGAACAAUUAUUUUACGCCAUCCAUGAAUACCGCUACUUUGGCGCAGCCGUCAGUUGACCUCUCGUUAACAGGCAUGAUGAAUCCUGAUGUAGUGUUUCCUGGAGAAUGGGGUACCAACCAAACAAGAAUGUCCGCUGACAUGAAUAUGGAGCCAGUGAACAUGGGGCCUCAUUGGCAGUGGCAGCUGGGCGGUGUGAGUCUGCCUCCUGAGGCGGUCACGGCAGGGGGCGAUGUUGACGACAUGUUUUACUACUUCAACAGGUGA